CAGUGGACCAAAGCUCAGUAAAGCUGUUGGUGAGCGUGUAGUGUUAUAAUUAUUCAAAUUAAAUUAAUUCCCCACAAAUAAUAAUCAUGUAAGUUAAAUUUAAUUAUUGAAGAAGUCAAAACUUCGUUUAGUAUCGAAGUGAAAUUUUCAACUAUCGUGAAUAGAAAGUGAUUUUAUUUGAAAAAAAACGCUUUGCAUCGUAAAGCUAACCUCUCGGAUAAGAAUGGCGGUCGGUUCAACAAAAGUUGUACAGGUAACAAACAUUGCACCCCAAGCGACUAAGGAUCAGAUGCAAACACUAUUUGGCUAUCUUGGAAAAAUAGAGGACAUAAGAUUAUAUCCAACAAUUCGAGAUGUUGCAGUACCGGUACAAUCGCGUAUUUGUUACAUCAAAUUUCACGAUCAUGGCUGUGUUUCGGUUGCUCAGCACAUGACAAAUACUGUUUUUAUUGACCGUGCUCUAAUUGUCAUUCCAUAUCAGAAUGGAGAUAUUCCUGACGAACAACGAGCUCUUGAAUUAACUAACAAUGGUACAAUAGUGCCAGGUCUUUAUCCAUCAGAACCGAAACUUCCAGCAAAUGUAGUAAACGCAAUAGAAGGAACUCCUCCGAAUCAUGUUAUCACAACAGUGGAUCCAAAAUUGGAAGCAAGUGGCCUUGAACCCUAUCCUCAUUUGCCCGGUCAUCUUGAUAGUCGAAGAAUCGAAGAAAUAAGAAGAACCCUCUUUAUAGCCAAUUUGGAUACAUCAAUAACGACAGAACAAUUAAUUGAAUUUUUCAGUAAUAAUAAUGUUGAAGUAAAAUAUGGAAGAAUUUGUACUCGUGAUUCAGACACUGAACAUUAUGCAUUAAUUGAACUUACCGAACAAACAUCAAUUAUUCCUGCAUUACAAUUAAAUGACGAAUUAUUGGGCGAUAUGCCAAUAAAAAUAAGUCAUUCAACACAAGCAAUAUCAAAACCCGAGGCAAAAAGUAAUGAAGCAGCACAAAAAGAAAUUGAAGAGGCAAUGUCAAGAGUUAAGGAAGCACAUAAUUUAAUAUCAGCAGCAAUUGAUCCAAUGAUUGGUGGUAUGCUAUCAAAAGAUAAACGAAGUCGUAGUGGUUCACGUGGUAGAAAAUCACGUUCACGUUCACGUGGUCGUUCACGAAGAUCACGUUCCCGUAAACGUUCACGUUCACGUCAUAGACGUUCACGUUCGCGGCAUCGUCGUCGUUCACGAUCACGUUCAAAACGUCGUUCACGUUCAAAAGAACGUCGACGAAAAUCACAAUCACGAAGACGUAGCAGUUCACGUGGUCGUCAUCGUUCACGUUCACGUUCACGAAGAUCACGUUCAAGACGUUCACGUUCACGUUCCAAGGAUCGUAAAAAGAAAUCAUCGCCAAAACGAAGAAGUCGAACACGUUCGCGUACACCGCGCAGUAAACGUUCGAAAUCACAAACAAGACGUUCGCGAUCAAAAUCAAAAACACGAUCGUCAAAAUCAAAAUACUCGGAAAAAACCAGAGAAAAGGAAAAAGAUAGACGCAGUAAGGAUAAAACGGAGAGCAAUGGAAAGAAGAGUGACAGCGAUAAAAGCGAGAGAAGUGAUAAGAAAUCGAGUCGUGAUAAAAAAUCGGACAGAGAUGCAAAAUCUGAUGAGAAAUCACGUGCUAGUUCGGAAUAUCGCGAUAGCAAGGAACGACAAGGCUCUUCAGAUUAAAUUAAUUUUUUUUUGUUUCAAAUUAAAUUGAAGCGCUGAAUUGUGUGAAUUUUUUUUAAUUAUACCGUUUUUUUUUUUUUGGAAAAAAAAAUGAAUCAAUUGUAACGAAUUAGUUAAUAAAUAUAUAUGUAUAAAAUAA